AUGGAUUUUACUGACGAAAGAUUCAUCAAACUGAGAAAACUUGCUUCAAAACUACAGUACGAGGAUUGGAAAUCAAAACAACAUGUCGAAAUAAAUUACAAAUUGCCAAAAUUAUUGGAUAAGAACUUACCAACAAUAAAAGAGUUCUAUAAGAAUCAAAAUGUGUUUAUAACUGGAGGUAAUGGGUUUAUGGGAAAAGUGCUUAUUGAAAAAUUACUUCGUAGCUGUCCUGAUCUCAAUAAAAUUUAUUUAUUAAUACGAGUAAAGAAAGGAAUAAAACCAGAAGAAAGAUUAGCUGAUAUGCUACAAAAUCCUGUCUUUGAUCGUAUGAAAAAGGAAAAUCCCAACGGUAUUUCUAAACUUGAAAUUAUUUAUGGAGAUUGUGAGAAGCCAAAUUUAGGGAUGUCAGAUGAGAUUAUAGAAAAGUUAAAAGAAAAUGUUAACAUUAUUUUUCACGCAGCUGCAUCCGUACGUUUUGAUGAUCCUUUAAAGAAAGCUCUACUUAUGAACACUAGAUCAACCAGAGACUUAGUGUCAAUUGCUAAGAAAAUACGUAAUCUGAAGGUUUUUGUUCACUUGUCUACUGCUUAUUGCAAUAUUGAUAAAGAAACCAUUGAUGAAAAAGUUUAUCCACGUCAAGCUAAUUGGGAAGAAUUAAUUCAAAUGGCAGAAAAAUUCGAUCAACAUACAAUUGAAAUUCUAAAACCUGUAAUUUUGAAUGGAUUUCCAAAUACGUACACUUUUACAAAAUCACUAGCAGAAAAUAUAGUGAAUGAUGAAUGUUCGAAUAUACCAACAGUUAUAUUUCGACCAUCAAUUGUUUAUGCAUCAGAAAAAGAACCCAUACCUGGUUGGUUAGAUAAUUUAAAUGGACCGUUAACUUUUAUCGCAGGCUGUGGAACCGGAUUAUCACGCGUGUUCUUUUUAAAUCCGGAUUUGAGUUCCGAUUUUAUUCCCGUGGACAACGCUAUCAUUAAUAUGAUAGUUGCUUCAUGGUAUCAAGCGAAUAAUACAAAAAAAAGACAAAGUUUAGUAAUAAAUGCCUGUACGGCAAAUUACACUUACUUCAGUUAUCAAAAUGCAAAUUACUGCGGAGUGAAGUUAGUAGAAAUCUAUCCAUUUACAAGACAAGUGUGGUAUCCUAUUCAAAUCGCUGUUAAAAAUAAAUAUCUGUUCCACAUAAUAUUUUUAUUUUGUCAAAUAAUUCCAAGUAUUAUUACACAAAUAUUGGUACGCCUUGCAGGUCGUAAUUUUCCUAUUAUGAAAUUAUGCAGAAAGUCAUAUAUAGCAAAUAUUGCUCUAGGCCCGUUUGUGCAAAAUGAAUGGUUAUUUAAGAAUGGUAAUUAUUUAUCGCUGUGUAAAGUACUGAAAGAAGCUGAUAAAAACGACUUCAUUGCAGAUAUUACACAAUCCGAACCCUUUACUGUUGCUGCAAAUGGAAUUUAUGGCCUAAAAAAAUAUGUACUGAAAGAAAAUCCAGAUGAUAAAGUCAGUUUAUUAAAAGCCAGAGCUUUAAGUAGAAAAUAUAAAACUUCUCCAAAGUAUUAA